UAAAAAACUGCAAAAGGCACCUAUCAGAUUCGGAAUAGACACACAGAUCGCUUUCGCGCCGUUGACCGAAGAAGUGCAGUGCAAGCGGCACUGAUCUUCCAUAUCAGAAAACUGGAAACUAACUGCUACGGAUUCAGCUGGUGCGGGCCUAUCUCGCUAACAUCAUCUAAACCAACUGUGGGUGCUAGAAGGCCCUUUCACCUAAAAGCAUAUAGCUCAAAAAUGAAGUUAUCAAUCACACGCCCUGAUGAUUGGCACCUUCAUCUUCGUGACGGUGAACUUCUUGAAGCAGUAGUCCCUCACAGUUCAUCCCAGUUUGGAAGAGCUAUAAUAAUGCCGAACUUGAAACCCCCAAUCACGACCACAGCUGCUGCAUUGGCCUAUCGCCGCAGGAUUUUAGAAGCUCUACCUGAAAACAGUGACUUCACUCCUUUGAUGACUCUUUAUUUGACAGACACUACAAGCCCAGAUGAGAUCAAGCUGGCAAGAGAGAGCGGAGUUGUUUUUGCUGUGAAGCUGUAUCCUGCUGGUGCUACCACUAAUUCUCAAGAUGGUGUAACAGAUCUGUUUGGAAAGUGUUUACCUGUACUUGAGGAAAUGGUUCAGCAUAACAUGCUUCUGUUGGUCCAUGGAGAGGUAACAAGUCCCGAGGUUGAUGUGUUUGAUCGUGAAAAGGGGUUCAUUGAAACAAUUCUUAGUCCCCUAAUUCAAAGGUUCCCAAGAUUGAAGGUUGUCAUGGAGCACAUAACCACUGCAGAUGCUGUAAAGUUUGUUGAGUCGUGCGAUGAAGGAUUUGUUGCAGCAACAGUCACACCACAACAUCUCAUUCUUAACAGGAAUUCUUUAUUUCAAGGAGGAUUGCAACCUCACAACUAUUGUCUUCCAGUACUUAAGAGAGAGAUACACAGACAGGCAAUUGUAUCUGCUGUCACAAGUGGAAGUAAACGAUUCUUCCUAGGAACCGACAGUGCUCCUCAUGAGAGAAGGAAAAAGGAGUGUCCUUGUGGAUGUGCUGGAAUCUACAAUUCUCCUGUAGCUUUGUCUGUCUACGCUAAAGUUUUCGAAGAGGCCGGUGCACUGGACAAGUUAGAAGCAUUUACGAGCUUCAACGGACCAGACUUCUAUGGCCUUGCGAGGAAUACAACAAAGAUUGAACUGAGCAAGACCCCAUGGAAUGUGCCAUCUUCGUAUACAUUUCCAUUCGGGGAUAUUGUUCCGAUGUUUGCGGGUGAAACUCUUGAGUGGCUACCAUCUUCCAUUUGAAAAGGUUAGUUUUCAUCACCUCCACUGCCUUAUCCUUCACUUUGGCAUUUUUUUUUUCUUAAAAAAGACAAAGAAACUCACAGUGUCGAGGUCUAAUCUUAAUGCAUUAAGUCUGUUCGACUAUGAUCAACAGCCUGAGUGAUGAUUUAUAUAGGAUUGGAGAGCAUUGGAUGUAGUUUUUUUUUUUUUUUAAUGUUUACUUUUCGGGUGCCUAUGCAUUGAGUGAACUCUCGUAUGAAUGCAUUAGCUUACAAACUAUAUCGUUUUUUAUUUAGAAGAAAAUAAAUACUUCAUUUUUCGA